UGCUAUGAGUUCAGCAACUCCUCCCAACUAUCAUUUAACUGUGAAUGGACAGGCAGGCAGAUUAGGAAGUAGUGCCACUCAACAACGACCCGAUGGCAAGCCUUUUGUAAAAGCCUAUGGUUAUAUUCCUAACGAAACUACGAUUACUUGGGAUUUAACUGAUGAAGGAAGUGGAGACACCGAAAUUCCUUUAACUGACCCUGAAUUCCCUGAGCCUGAACCAGGAGCCGAUGGUGUGGAGCCUGAACCUGAUAUGCCUACUCCUGAUAUCGACCCAGGAGGAGGAGAACCCGAAAUAACUCCCUUAGAGCCUGACAUUACCCCUGAUACUGACCCUGAUGAGUUUCCUGAACCUGAUAUCCCCGAGCCAGAGAUACCUGAACCCGAGCCUACUCCUGACACCGACCCUGAUAAACCAACCGACCCUGAUACUACCCCUGAUAAAGGAGAUAGAGACCCCGGGGACGAUGAUGGAGAAAGACCUGAGGACUUUGAUUAA